GGAAAUCGAGUUAGUCAUCACUGUUUUUAAACUAAAUAUUCGACUGUUGCUUACCUAACAUCAAUCAUCGAAUGUCUGGAUCUAAGUAAUUCAUAAAAGUCGUUUGAUAUAAAAAUGUUUGCCAUUACGGGUUGGAGAGCAGUUGGUAUCACAAGUGCUGCAGCAGUUGCAUUACGCUAUUUGUAUUUAUCAUCAUCUACUGUUUAUUUUUCAACAAACUCGGCAUCUAUGUCGGCUGCUACCCCAGAAGACGAACAACCUACAAAUAUGGAUUGGAAAUCGGCGAAAUCAGUGUAUGAUUUCACAGUGAAAGAUAUCAGUGGGAAUGAUGUGCCUAUGUCAAAGUAUGAAGGUCAUGUUUUAUUAAUUGUAAAUGUUGCAUCACAGUGCGGUUUAACAGCUACCAAUUACAAGGAAUUACAAGAGCUUCAAGAAAAGUAUGGUGAAAGUAAAGGGUUAAAAAUAUUGGCUUUCCCAUGCAAUCAAUUUGGUGGUCAGGAACCUGGCAACAACGAAGAAAUUGUUUGUUUUGCUAAAAAAAGGAACGCAACCUUUGAUUUCUUUGAUAAAAUUGACGUAAACGGUAAAAAUACACACCCAUUGUGGAGUUUUUUGAAACAUAAGCAAGGAGGUACUUUAGGCAGUUUUAUCAAAUGGAAUUUCACCAAAUUUAUUGUUGACAAAAAUGGAAUACCAGUUGAAAGACAUGGUCCAAAUACUGAUCCAUCAAAAUUGGCAGAAAAAUUAGAAAAAUAUUUCUAAACUGCACUCUUUAUUAUUAUUUUUUUGCAAUCUAAAAAUUUU